GUAGCUUCUUAACUCUUAUCCAGCCCUUGACACUGGCUGACAUUCCCUAAGUCUGUGGCCACAGAAAAACCCAAGCAGGCUGAUAGCUGUGGCUUGCCAUCCACAUGACACUUAGGAUCUUGGGCUGCUGGCCUCACACCCAGGGAGGUCUUAAGUGGAGGGCUGAUGGUCCCCAGCUAGGAGAAGAUACUGGAGUGGUUGAUGUUGAGACUGUGAACUAGCUGGAUACUCCAAUCUCUCAUAAGACAUCUCUCCUCUCUGAGCAACUGCCAUGGAGAAACAUCCCUGUCAGUAGACCGCACUCAUGGCAUGUGGCCAAGCUAUUGGAGGGGUGCCCUGAAGCGGCCACCACCAUGCAUUUCCCUUCUGAAGCUUUCAGCUUGUCUUGGCAUUCCGGUUGCAACACAAGUGACGUGUGUGUGCAGUGGUGUCCUCUCUCCCGGCACUGUAGCACUGACAAAAGCAGCUCGAUUGGCAGCAUGGAGAGCCUGGAACAGCCAGGCCAAGCUACCUAUGAGGGUAACCUCUUACCUAUUGACCAGAAUAUGUACCCCAGCCAGCGUGACUCCGCCUACAGCUCCUUCUCAGCUAGCUCAAAUGCCUCGGACUGUGCCCUUUCUCUUAGACCAGAGGAACCACCCUCCACAGACUGUGUCAUGCCAGGCCCAGGGCCAACUAAAGCCACUGAUGGCCGACCUAAUGUAUCUGAGACCUCAGGAAGUAGCUACAGUACCAGUGGGAGCCAUGUGACCUCCACUGCCCAGGAAUCGUCCUGCCCAGAGGAGAGCCAGCACUCAGGACCUGCUAAGAUGGUUCAAGGUCCACCAGAGCCUCCAGUGAGGCGGGACAGCCUUCAGGCCUCCAGAGCCCAGAUCCUCAAUGGAGAGCAGCGCUGUGCAUCUGAACCUGUGGACUCCUUACAACAGAAGGAGAAACAAGGCUUAGAGACUGUGCUGCCUGCAAGGAACCCUAACCAGUUCUGCUGUAUUAGUGGGCAAGAACAAGUGACAGGUGAGGACCACCAGAACUGUGAGCUCAGCCAGCCUUCUGAAUCGAGUCAGGAGGACUCUGAGCAUCUACUGAGAGAAAGCUCCUCCAAAGCUCUUGAUUCCCCAGAAACCUAUGACAAGGGUUCCAGCAGAGAGUUCAGCCUGCUCAAGGAGGCUCCAGCAGAUUUGGUUAACACUGUGCCCUUUGGUGCCAUUCCACACCUCCGAGGAACCACAGAGCAUCGCCAUAGUGCUCCUGAACAGCUCUUGGCAUCCCACUUGCAGCAGGUACGCCUUGAUUCCAGAGGCAGCAAGGGGAUGGAGUUGCCAGCUGGGCAGGAUGGGCACCAGUGGACUGUGUCCCCUUUGCAUAACAACCCUAAGGGAAAGGAAAGUCCAAGUCUCACCAUGGGAGACACUCAGGACCAGACUAGCAAAGAAAGGAAGACCAAGCCCAUAGAUGAUAAGCUGGUGGGUUCAGUACACCAGAGCCAAAGUGGUUCCUCACUUGGAGAAGUUGAUGGACACCCACCAGAACGAACUUACUCAGACCCAAACAGAGCAAACAGAACAGGCAGUGACUUGGCUAGCCAGCAGCCCUCUGCUACUUGCUCCUCUAUUCAACAAGCCAGAGAGUUCUUUUCAACCUCUAAAGUUACUGGUCACACAGAAGCAACUGAAGAAGGUGACAGUGAGCCCAAGGAAUGUGGCCAAUUGGGUGGCAGAAGAAGUGGAGGGCCCCGGGGUCGCUCCAUCCAAAACCGGCGGAAGAGUGAGAGGUUUGCUACCAAUCUUCGCAAUGAAAUUCAGAGGAGGAAAGCCCAGCUCCAGAAAAGUAAGGGACCAUUGUCACAAUUGUGUGACACUAAGGAGCCAGUGCAAGAGACACAAGAGCCUCCAGAAAGCCCUCCACCUUCUGCUUCUAACUCGGCUCUUCCAUCUUCAUAUAAAAAAGUCCCUAGCCCGGGAGACAAGCCCUUCAACAAAAGCAUGAUUCUCAGGGCUAGGUCUUCAGAAUGCCUCAGCCAAGCCUCUGAAAGCUCCAAAGCUAGGGUAGGCUUAGAGGGAAGGAUAAGCACUGGCCAGAGGUCUGGCCAGUCUUCUCUGGGCCUGAACACCUGGUGGAAGGCAUCUGAUUCAUCCUCCUUAGACACUGACAAAGCAAAUGCUCCCCAGGGGGUCAGUGGAGGUCAAUGGAGAUGGUCGCCUGAAUAUAGGCCACAGCCACUAUCCACAGAAGGUCCUUCCAGCCCAGAUGACAACAAGGAAUUGAAGACAUCUACUACUCAAGCUGGGGAGGAAGCCAUCCUCUUGCCAUUUGAAGACAGAAGAAAGUUCUUUGAAGAGAGCAGUAAAUCUUUGUCUACAUCUCAUUUGCCAGGCUUAACCACUCAUAGCAAUAAGACUUUUACCCAAAGACCUAAACCUAUAGACCAGAACUUCCAGUCAGUGAGCUAUAGAGAAUUGAGAUGCCAUCCUCUGGACCAAUCAUAUCAUUCCACAGACCAACCAUACCAUGCUGCAGACCAAUCCUAUCAUUCCAUGUCACCACUUCAGUCAGAAACUCCCACUUACCCAGAAUGCUUUGCUGCCAAAGGCCUAGAAAAUUCCCUGUGCUGUAAGCCACUGCACUGUGGGGAUUUUGAUUACCACAGGACCUGUUCCUAUUCCUGCAAUGUUCAGGGAACUGUAAUGCAUGAUCCUUGCAUUUAUUGUUCUGGAGAAAUCUGUCCUGCAUUGCUAAAGAGAAAUUUGUUGCCAAACUGCCUCAACUGCAGGUGCCACCAUCACCAAUGCAUUCGGUGUACGGCUUGCUAUCAUACUCCUCAGCAUAGUGCCCUGGAGGACAGCGGCCUGGCACCUAGCAAUGCUUGGAAAUCCAGGAAGGCAGCAAUACAGGAAUUUCCUGGGGACAAGUGGAAGGCUAUAACAGGCAACAGGAAAACUAGCCAUUCGGGGAGGGAAAUGGCUCAUUCUAAGGCCAGCUUUUCAUGGUCUGCUCCCUUCCAUCCUUGCCUUGAGAACCCAGCACUGGACUUGUCUAACUACCGAGCAAUCUCUUCUCUUGACCUUCUUGGAGACUUCAAACUUGCCUUGAACAAAGCAGAGGAGUCUUCAGUUUAUGAGGAUGGGACUUCUCUUGCUUCCAUGCCCCGCCCACUGCGAAGCCGAGCCUUCUCAGAGAGUCACAUCAGCUUAGAGCCUCAAAACACCCAGGCCUGGGGGAAGCCUCAGAGGGAAUCAUUUACUAAAGGCAAUGAGACUCAGCCAGAGCUCCUUGGGGCCAGAAAGAAGGCUUUUCCUCCCCCACGUCCUCCUCCUCCCAACUGGGAAAAAUAUAGGCUCUUCCGUGCAGCCCAGCAGCAGCAGCUGCUGCUGCAGCAGAAGCAGAAGCAACAGAGGUGUGAUGAAGAAGAAGAGGAAGUGGAGGAGGAGAAAGAGCAAGAGCGGGAAGAGGAGGGAGAAAAAGAGGAAGACCUACCACCCCAGUAUUUUAGUUCAGAAACCACUGGUUCUCGCGCCCCUAAUCCAGAUGAGGGCCUGGAGAAGCCACAGCCCCUGAAGAUGGGCCACCUGGAGGCCUCAAGGCCUCUGCAUCCCAGUGGUUUUGUGCCUCCGGUAAGGGGCCACAUUGGAGCCCAGCCUGAGAAAGCUCAACCUCCUUGCUAUUAUGGAGCUCAUGGACUAUGGAGGACAACCGAGCAGGAAGCUACUGUGACUCCAAAACAAGAGUUUCAGCACUUCUCACCUCCUCCGGGGGCUCCAGGAGUCCCUACCUCUUACUCAGCAUAUUAUAAUAUCUCUGUGGCCAAGGCAGAACUGCUGAAUAAGUUAAAAGAGCAGCCUGAGAUGGCAGAGGCGGGCCUAGGAGAGGAGGGAGUUGACUACGAACUGGCUCAAAAAAAGAUUCAGCUCAUUGAAAGCAUUGGUCGGAAACUUUCUGUCCUGAGGGAGGCCCAGCGAGGGCUUCAGGAUGACAUCAAUGCCAAUGCUGCCCUUGGAGAGGAAGUAGAGGCCAACUUAAAAGCGGUCUGCAAAUCCAAUGAGUUGGAAAAGUAUCAUUUGUUUAUUGGGGACCUGGACAAAGUGGUCAACCUGUUGCUGUCACUCUCUGGACGACUGGCCCGGGUAGAGAAUGCUCUCAACAGCAUUGAUCCAGAGACCAACCAGGAGAAGGUGGUGCUGAUGGAGAAGAAGAAGCAGCUGACAAACCAGCUGGCAGAUGCCAAGGAGCUGAAGGAGCACGUGGACCACAGGGAGAAGCUGGUGUUCGGCCUGGUCUCCCGAUACCUGCCUCAGGACCAGCUCCAAGAUUACCAGCACUUUGUGAAGAUGAAAUCUGCUCUCAUCAUUGAACAAAGAGAGCUGGAGGAGAAGAUUAAACUUGGGGAAGAGCAGCUCAAAUGCCUCAAAGAGAGCCUGCACUUGGGGCCCAACCAUUUCUAAUUCCACUGGUGCCACUGCACCCGUGCCUAUCCAUAGUGAAAAGUGCUUUCAAUCUUCAGUAGCAGUUUGCUAGCUGACUAUAUAGAAAUUACUUAACAGAUGGUUCCAGCCAUCUACCUUGGCCAGCCAUCGAGGAGAGCCUGGGAAGGCCCUAAGCUGCCUUGCAGAGCUGAAGCAAGGUGUGGUUGUACUGCCAUGUGCUCGUUCCCAGUGAGUGGGAACCCAUAGAACCAAUGAAGUGCCUUCAUCGCUGUACUAGGACACCAAAGACAUCACAAACUCAAUAUUCCCCCUUGCCGCGCUACCCUCUUAAUGUUCAGAGCGAAACUGCCUGUGCAGUUGUUUCCCCUCUUCCCUCGGGCUAGUGGCCCAGCUUAGCCAUUGUCCAAGCAGAUUUGCUUGACUUGAAUGCAUUCACCUAACACCAGCGUCAGGCCCUCCCCCAAACUUUGCAGCAGGAGACAGAAGAAGAGAUUGCAUAGAAGGAGAGCAAAUGUUGGGUAUACCCUCAUACUCAUCCUCCCCCUCCAGUAAAACCCAGACUUAAACAAAGUGGUUCCAUGUCUACCGUCCCCGACAGCUAGCUGACAGUGUUUUACCAUGGCCUUCCUGCCAUAACAUGAUGGACCUACUACUUUAAUUGUAUCUUGCCCAUCUGUCCCUAGGAGUCACAUGCCAGGGCUUCACUCUUGGAGUCUCUAAUAUUUCUAUUGCGGCUGACUUCAGGAUAUAGCUUCAUUACUGGGGGAGAGGAUUCUUAUUAUAUUUCAAGUGGUCUUUGAUGUUAUAUAAUUUUAUGUUUUGGGUUUUUUUUUUUUCUUUUUUAACUAAUGAAGCAAGAAGAAAUAAGUUAGAGAGGGGGAUGUUAGCCAGAAGGAAAAAAUUUUGUGUAGACAGCCUGAGUCCACCAUGGCUAAGUAAGCAAGUGCCAAGGAAUUGAAAGCUUUCCCUGUUGAACCAAGAACCCCUCUACCAUAGCUCCCCUAUGUGCUUCCUUGAGGUCUAGAUGGCAAUAACAUUCCUGAGUACAAUUCACUGUUUUCUAACUGUGUUUUGAAACUAGAGUGCUCUCCUGAAACUGAACACUUUAGGAUGCAGGGAUGAAUGAAGGAGAGUGUGGAAGGCACUCUUCUAACAACUGCUUUCUCAGUGGCUAGCCUGAAGGAAACAAAACUACAAGAGUACUUUCAGCCAGGGCCAUGCUCCAGAGGAAAUUAGGAUCCAUCCAGGAUCUAGACAGACAGUAUCCCUCCUUAUCCUCUUGGCCUAUGUACUAAAGCAUCCCCUCUGGUGGAUGCCUGAGAUCUCAGAUAGUUCCAAACUCUUAUAUUCCACCAUUGUUAAUCUCAUCACUGAGGGGACUAGUAAGUGACUAAAGAGAGGUAGCCUAUAUAGCAUGGAUACACUGGAUAGAUAAAUGAUUCAUGAUCCAUGUGGAAUGGAGCAAAGUUUUAUCACACUACUCAGAAUGGCACAUAAUUUACAACUUAUCAGUUGUUUAAUUCUAUAUUAUUACAUUUAAUAUUUUUAAACCAUGGUUGAUCAUGAGAUCUGAAACUAUGAAAAAUGAAACCACAGAUUAAUGUACAAAGAACUAAAGCUGUUGCUUUUGCCAAGACUUUACAUUGGUAGCCAGCUUCUGUCCUGGAAAGGCAUUCAGGAGGACAAGAGCAAGAGGGGGAUUACCACCAAACUGCCCUUUUAUCUAGCUCAGUCUUAUUUUCCUUAUGAACUGCGUGCAGUCCUUGAUGUUAUCCCCCAUCAGUGCAGCAGAAGUCCAAGACAACCAAGCCCUGGCAUCACUACAUGUUACUGCUGAGUUCCUCAGGGUCCUUGGAGGUUCAUUGUAACUACAGUGUUUCCUCAUCCAACCAAAGAAUUUGCCAAGGAACUGCACUGCUGCUACAAAUACUGGUCACUGUCUUCUAUUUCGCCACAUUGUGUCUGACAGCGUUGGGAGAAUCUUGGCCAGCAGGGUAUUCUAAAGGGGUGGCAACCUUGUCUGUGAGUCUCUGGGUAUGCUUUAAUAGUACUGCUGCCUCCACAAGAACCACUGUUACCACAUCAGUACUGCCAUUCUCCCCUCAAGUGGGAAAUGACAAAUGAUUUUAAACAUAACCCCAAAGUCUAUACUGAGCAGCAGAGCUCUGUAGCCCCUAUUCUGUGCUGUGCAGUGCUAUGCUGUGCAGUGCUGUGUUGUGCUGUGCUG